CGCGCCCUUUCACAGGCGAAUCGCAGUUCCGAUCGAACCUCUGAACGAUUGACAACGAGAUAACGAUGGCGAAAUGGAUACUUGUGUUAUCAGUGGCUGCUGUGUUAACGAGAAUUGGGAUGGCUGAUAUCAUGGUACAGCCAGGAUACCAACCGCCGCAACAUCAUUCGAUAAUAACUCAACCCCAUGAAACUAUGCAACAUUUGAAUAAAGAUCACCCUCAACAACCGAAAUCCGCGGAUUACCAUUUAGAAUUUCACCCAGUUUACACGGACUCGUAUCAGAUCCCUGCUAAUGCAUUGUAUCCUGUACUACAACACUAUCAGGUGAUACCACAAUUAUACGGGACUCAUUAUAGCCAUCCAAACUCUGGCGAUGUUGGUCUUCCAGGAAUGCACUCGUCCGAAUAUGUUCCUUUGCCAGUACAUAGCCGGAACAGGAGAUCCAGCGAAUCCAAUGCUGGCGAGCAGAGCGAGAAACGCGAUAAACUCGAUGCUGUGGCCACGAAGUCGUCCUUAGACGAGAACGUUUCGCCAGUCAUUGAUUUGCGAAGUCUAGGUGGAGAAGCCGAGGAAGGCCUCGAUGAAAAGAACGUAAAGGUUCGUCAAAGCGACAACAAUCAACAACCGAUCACCAGCAACACCCUAUUCGGUUUGAAUCCUGCGAAUAUGUAUCCAACGUACCAACAAUACCAGAUCGUGGAUCCAGCCCUUAAUUCGAACCAGGAAUUUCGAAAUAUAGAGAUGUUACCCGAGGGAACCGUGUCCACAGAACCAGCAUCGGAGUAUCGGGAAGUGUCUUCAGCGCCGCUCGAAUCUCCUCAAACGAAACUCGAAAAUCUUCAACACGCCAUGUUGCUCCAACAUCCUGCACCCGAGCAACAACAGCAGUCGGAAGUUUCAAGAAGCUCCGAGCUAAGAAACUUUCCCGAUCCCCGACCAAGUUCCGCUACUCUUCAAUCGCCGGAAGCUGACACGUCGGACAACCAUAGUGAAUCUCGCGCAGCCACGCGAGGUACGAAAUUCGUUAGCGUGAAUACCCACAAGAAAUUGGGGGUGAAAGUGGGAUAUCCGCACGGUACGAAAGUGGUGAAGGACUACCAUCAUCACGCAGUGGUAGGAAAUUUCAGACACGCACCUGAUGGAAGUCACCCUUCCGUUCAUCCCGCUUACACGAUUCAUCAGAAGAACGAUGGAACGUUGAAUAAUUUCGCUACAAACAGUGGACAGCAAAUGGUACAGGUUUAUCAGCUUCCAAAUGGUCAAGCGACGACUUGUUUACCGGCUUCUCAGUACACAAUUCUGCCACAAACUUACGGUAGUAAUUACGUUGCUAAUUAUGCCCUCGGUUCCCCAUCUUCCUCUUCGACCUAUCAAAUUUGCGUGCACAACCCCGACAAUUUACCGUUCGUAAUGUACCAGUUGCCGUAAACGAACCUCGACUUCGCAAAUCAAACGACUGUUAUUUAUUAUAUUUUGUAUACGAUGUUUCUAUAUAUUAAGAUUUCACGCUCGUCUACGGUCAUCAUCGAAAUCCGUCUAGUUAGUAAUUACGUGUAAACGUAUGUAUUGAUGGUAAUAUCAUUUUCAAUAAACGUGUACGACAGUGAA